AUUAAUCAUGUAUGAUAAAAUUUUAAGGGUUUUUGGUAGGAUCAUACGAUUCUACGAUCCGAUCCCGACCGAUCCGAUCCUGACCCUAAAUCGAUUCUACGUAAGAUUGCGAUUCUACAAACUAUGGUCUAAACCAUUUCAGCAAGUCGAGCCAAUGUUCUCAGGUUCCAGCAUACCAGAGUUCAUUUGGAUUUCAGGACGACCCAGUGCCUACUUAGUCUAAACCAUUUUAGCAGGUUGAGCCAAUGUUCUCGGAUACAUUCGAGGGCUCUAAUAAAGAAACCCUUAGGCAAGGAUUUGAAGAGAUCAUGCAUGAAUUAACUUUACAUAUGCAACAAUAAACCACUCUUAACCUUCAGUUCCAACGGCAAAAUGAUGCAAGGAUACAAGAUUUACAAAUACAAUUAUAUCAUAUUGCAUUAUCCAUCAGCUAGCUACAAGCAUGAGACUCCUCUAGUUUUUGUGUUGUGAUGUUAUAGUUGUAGAUAAUUCUGAUGAUAUUAUUGUUGCAAAUUCUGGAAGCAAAAAUUUGUUUGACACUGUUGAUAUUAUAGGAAUUGAAGUUGUUGAUAAUGAAAGUGUAGUGACUUGCAUGGUGGAAGUAAUGCUCCAAAAAUCACCUCUUUUAGUUGCACCAUCAUCUAAACCAAAUAUUGAUGAGAAGAAUAUAGGGACUUGUGCUGUGGAGGCAAGGCCCAAGAAUCAUUUCCUUCAAUUAUACCAGCACCUUAGCCAGAGCCAAAAUCACAAGAGGAAGUCACAUCCACUCUUCUAAAAUCUUUAGGUACCUAUGUUUAGUAUUCCUUUUGAUUUUUUGAAAUAUUCCAUGGAGAUACCUAUAAUUGAUUUUAUUGGAUGUGAUUCAUUUUUCGAUGCAUGUUGUUUAGAGAUUGAUUCUAUUUCAUCUAUUUCUUACCCUACAUGCGUGUAGGAGGUGCUCUCUUUUCUUGGCCUUGUAGGUCGACAAAAAUCAAGCUUCCGAAGUGGGUGCUCCAAUUGAACCGCCUCCAACCUUCGGGAAGUACUUUCAAAGAGCAUAGGAUGAAGGGAGCAGUCAUGACUUCAACAUAUAGCGUUCCACUUCCGGAGUGAAUUUUGUACCUUAACCGACUCCAACCACCGGAAAGAACUAUUCCAUUAUUCUCAUGGAUUCUAUUUCUAAAUUUCCUACAGUCGCCUGGAAUAAAAGGGAGUUCGUUCUUUGUUUGUCUUUUCACUUUAUACUUUACGUUUUUUUUACACUUUGCUUUUGCUUUAUACUUUACAUUUUGUUCGGCUCAUAUUUCAUUUGGUUUUGAAUAAAUAUCUCCCUAUGCAUUCCUUCAUAAUGCCUUGAGAAUCAUAAAAGCUAAUUAAAUUUGACCAUUUAGUUUUGGAUAUUUUUGCAUGAGUGAGUCUCUUACUUGCGUUUGGUCAUGUGUGUGGUGAUGGAUUCUAUCUUGAUUGAUUGAGUGUGAUAGAAAAAAAUUACCUAGUGAGAACCACUUUUAUGCCUAUUAUUGAUCUUUUCUUUUAUGUGAUGGCACUCAUGGCAAUUGAUAUUCUAUAACUUGCUUUGCUUCUUUGUGAAACCACGGUAGCAUAUAUAAGCAUGAAUAUGAUGAAGGCUAUUUUUCUUAUUUACUCCUUUUAUUUCUUUUCCUAUCACAUUUUUGUCUUCCAACAUAUUUACUUCACAUUUAGUUGAAUAAUCCAUAUUUUGGUCUUUCAUCAUAUUUGCUUUGUCCUUACCUCUUUGAGAGUUUUGGUUGAUAACAUGAUGAGUUGCCAAGAUGGACAAAUUUUAAGUGAGGGGAGAAGUGCUGCAUGUUGUGUGUUCAUAGAGGUAACCUAUAUUGGUCUUUCAACUUGAAAUAUUUUCCAUACUUUUUCAAGUAUGGAGUUCUAAAUCAGUUUUUGGAGGAGUACAAAGUGGUUCAGCAGAUAGGUGAUUUUGCAAGGGUUCUGGAAAUAAUUGAGGAAGAUUUUCUGCAUAAUUCUUUUGCUGGUGUGCCAAUCUGAAACUGAUGAGCCACAUGCUUUGGCAAUUUUCUGCACAAUGUUUCCAGUAAGUGCUCAGAAUUCUGUGAUUUCUGCAAUUCUGUGUUGCAGAAACAGAUUUGAAGUGUUGAUUUCUUAAACUGUGUUGUUGCUGGGGCAUUGGUCUUGUUUGGCUUUUCAACCAUACAAAAUGAGUGUAGUUCACCAGCCAACCAAGGAAUAGGAAUCAUUCACAACUGAGGAGAGUACAUCUGAAAUAUUCAGUUUCCAAAAAGCUGAUAACUUAGUCCACAGCUUCUAAAAUUUUCUGAAACUUCAAUUUCAUUUGCUACAAUAACUUGAUUGGUUUUCUAUCAAUGCAAUAGGAAUGCACUUCUCAAUUGAAGUGGAAAGGAGUGUCAGCUGCUAAAAAAAACAAAGAGAUCAGAACAGCAAACUUAUCAGAAUCUGAAUUCUGAAAGCAGAAUUCAUGCUGCUGCUGAGUUGCAGCUUAGUUCCUGUUGCUGGGACUGAAAAAAAAAAUGCCAAAUCUGAGUUUCAGAAAUUGCUGAGCAGUUGAAUCACUUUCAUGGCUUUUUCAUUCUUUUUCUAUUUGGCUGGAAUUCAAAGAAAGAGAAAAAAAAACACAAGAAAAGGGGCUGCUGGAUUGUGCAGCAGUGAGGAACCUAAGAGUUAUGUAUCAUUGAUAGUUUGUGCCAAGUUUUCUUGCAAAUCUUUAAUCAGAAGAAGUUUAAGUGGAGCUCUUGCUCUCUUAUUAUCAUUUGGUGUUUCUUUCUCUCCAGUCCUUGUGAUUCAAAACCUGAAAAUUUUCCGGCAGCUGAUUUCUGAAACUAAAUCCAGAAAGUUGAUAUCUGUCACUGCUGAGAAGAAGUUGAGGGGUUCAAUAUUGACCAUAUUAGUUGGAGUGUUGAACUACCUGAGAAACAAAUCAAAUUCAGGGGAUUUUGAAAUGCAGAUGUUAUGAUUGAAGUUAGUAUGAAACCUGCGAUUUCUAGAACUUGACAGAACUUGAAAUUUCUGAAAUUCAGUUGAACAAUUCUGAUGAAGAGUUAACUGAUGUUUGAACAGAGGCUUGCAGAUUCAACAGUGAUGCACAUGCUUACAACUUUUUGGAAACUGAUCAAUUACACUUGAGUGUAAAGAAACCAAGUUGAGUCUAUUGCAUUUUCUGUACAACAAUUUCAGGAUUCAGGGUGUCCAGAUUACUAACAGACCAUGAAGAAGGUGGAAUUGUAAUGACUUGGGCUGUUGGGCAAUGGAUUGAGACCUUUUCACUUUUCAGAGAUACAGGAACUACCAGACCAACCACAGCAGCGGAUUUUAAAACAAAGACUCAUACAUCUUCAAAUCUUUUAGGGAGAAAGGCGUGAUUGAGAAUGUCUUUGCGAUAAGCAUGCAGAUUAAUCAAGUGAAGAAGAAGUGCAUCUGAGUUGAUAUCUGUUACUGCUGAAAACUGAAUUUCUGAUUCCCAGAAUUCAGAAAUAAUUGUCUAAGUCCAUAUGCCAUUUCUUGUUGAAGUUUCUUACCAGCAACAACUUCAAGAAUUCCAUAAGCUGAAUUUGUCAGAGUUCUUAGUUAAAUGAAGUUAGUCACUCCAAGUGUUGGGAGAUCAGAAUCUCCAUCUUUGAUAGGUUCUAUGUGAGUUUGAAGAAUGAGAUAAGAAAUAGCCAAUAAAUCUGGAAUGAAUGUAUCAAUUUGAAUAUGUUGUGUGCCAAGAGUAAAACCUUUUGAGCAUAGCAAUCAAUAUUUAUAUGCUGGCAACUUCUUGAGAACAUGCCUUCAAAACUGAUUGUUGAUUUCUGAAGAAUGCAUGAGCUGCAAUUCUGAAGAAUGGGAUCAGUGAAAAUGUAGUGUUAGGAAACAAGAAAUUGGAAGCUGCUGUAAUGAGAAGUAAUUUGUUGCAGAUCAAAUGAAGAUUGGUAGUUUCAGUUUGGAAUCGAGUUGGAAUUUGCUCUGUUACCUCAUGCUAUUAAGUCUUAAAAACCCCAUUGAGCUGAAUCCUAGUUUUAAUUUCUUGAACGGCAGAUAAUCGAUGGAAUUAAUCUGAUCUCUGAGGAAAAAAAAAAAAAAAAACUGGGUCAGCAGAGUUUGUCAAGUCAGAAUUUGGUGCUAGAAUGUUUGUUAUUUUUGAAUAGCAGCAAUCUGAAUUUGAACUUCUAACAUACCAGUGCCAAAUAAUACCCCUCAUCCAAACUGAAUUCUAUUUGAUUUUAACUGAAGCCACUUAAGAAUCUCAAUUCUGAAACUUAGGCCUUAAUUCUGAAAAUUCUGGUUCUGAGUUCUAAGUUCUGAAGCUUUGAAUUUCAGAAACUCCCUAAGAUUUCUGGAACUGAUCUAGGAAAUAUGAAAAUGCAGAAAUCCUUCAAGCUUGAGCCUAAACUAAUUUAUGAAGAUCCUGAAACUAGUUAGAAGCUGUAAUUUUCAGCAUUGAACAACAGUUCUGAUUUCUGAGAUUUUAAACCAAGAAACUUUGAAAAAGCAUCACUUCCUCAUUGAUUCAUGGUGAAGUCAUAGGGAGACAAUCCCUUAUAUAAAUCUAUCGGUCAACACAUCAUGUUUAUUCUUCCAAUACUUUUACUUUCUCAUUAAUUCUUUUCUUACCCACUUUGUUUGCUACACUUAGUUCUUUACCUCCAUUUCAAUUCUUGAUAAAUCAUUUUGAUUCAUGCAUGCUAUGCAUUUACAAUGGUGGAAAAGUAGAAAAUAAGCAAGCCUAUGGUAGUUAAAUUAUUGUGAAUAGCUCUUGAGGGAAACUCCGUCUUUAUAUAUGUUUUUGAGAGCUAGAGAUGAAAUACUACCUUGUGAGGCUCUUUUGAUGCUUAGUCUACUCAAGUAGGUUGAAAUCACCACAGUAGUGUAGGAAUUGGACUCAUGAUUAUUUUGAUCCUUGCAAACUUGAUGAUCCUAGGUAAUUUUCUUUUACUAUCUUUAAGGUAUUGUUAAGAAGUUGUUUGACAAAUAUUUUAGCAUUUUUUAUUUUGUUUGCUUGUCCAGGACGUGCAAGAAUAAGUGUGGGAGAAUUAAUAACUACCAUUUUAUCACAUAAUUUUAGCCUUUAAUUUCCAUGUUUUAAUCCUAUCAUAUGGUUAAUUAUUGAUUCUUAUCAUGUUUAUUGAGUUGGAUUCAUAUUAUGGGUUUUAUUAUAAUUCUUUCUAUUUUUAUAGAUUUUUACUUAUAAUUGUGUACUUUUAUCUUGUAGGGAUUGAACUCAAUUUAGACCAAAUUGAACCUAAAGUCAUGAAUCAAGGAAAAGUCCAAUCUAGAGAAAUUUGAGUCGUUAGAUCAAAUCUGAAGUAAAAUAAUCAAAGGGCUCAGAUCUAAUUAAUUUUGGCCGUUCAUCAAGAUCUGGUUAAUUUUGAUCAAUCUGUAUAGAUCUGAGCCGCUCAUCUUGAUCCAACCAUCUUGACCUUCAAUGGAAACUUAUUUGAUCUGGAUCAUCCAUUUGGAUUGCAUCUGAUCCGUGAGCUCAAAUCUAGAAGAAUCUCAGUCAUCCAUUCAAAUGCAGUUCAAAUGAGAAGUUGUUCAAAUUUCACGAAGAAGAGUGGAUGAUGCCACUACCUCUUCAUCCAUCAUCGAUCAGAGCUUCCUCACCCUCAUCUUCUCAUUUCACAGACACGUACAAGGAUUCCACCCGAUGCCAUCACUACCGAGAGCCCUCUCCCGAUCCUUUAUUUCUUUGAUCCUUUAAUGCAUGGAUUUGAACAUUUGAUUGUUAGUAUGAGCAUGUUGAUGGUUGAUUGUAAUGGGUCGAUUCCUCAUGUUUUAGGUUUUACAUACGUAGUUUUGAUUGACCCUUACAAUUUGUUCACUCUUGUUAAUGCACUUCACUCAUUUAAUUCAUGCUCGUCUUGUUUUGUUGGAUCCAUUAAGUUUGUGCUCUUCAUUUGAUGUAAUUUGAUGAGGUUAGAUUAGGUUUUUGCUAAAUGCUCUAGGUUCGUUAAACACUUCUUUUAUGACGCUCUUGAUUUCUUUUCAAUUGUAGUUUAGGUUAGACUAUGUUUCUUUUACUCUGCAUCGUCUUUCUAUUAUUAGGGUUAGUUUCACAAUUGCAUUGCUCUUUAUCUAUUAGUUUAGUCCCAAAACCUAAGCCCCCAUUUCCAUAACAAAAAUCCCAAAAGCAAUAACAUUGGUUACUAAGCUAUUAAUAUUAUUUGAUAAGUAUUCAGGAUUAAUUGGAUUUAUCAAAUAUACAGCGCGAAGCAUGUCUUGAUUGUUGCAUCUGUGAGAGGCAGAUCGUCACAGAACAGAAAAUCAAUGGCCGAUCAUUUCCAUUCCAUGAAGAUGGCGAGUAACCCUAACCUUACUUGCCCCGAGUGCAGGAAGAUCUUCCCCUCGGAAAAGUCGAUGUACGGACACCUGAGGUCCCACCCGGAGCGAGACUACCGAGGAGUCAAUCGACAGGCUCCAUCGGCGAAGAAGAACCGAAAAACGCCGGCGAAAACGAGAAGAGAUCGUGCCGCGACCACUUCCGACGGCAACGACAUAGACCCUGAGGUCGUCGCCGCCUUGCUGCUUCUCUCCGACCCGGACCGGCUUCUGGAACCUCCAAGAUCCGGUUUUAAUGACCGGAACGCGCUCGAUUUGGACGGAUACCAGCCGGAAUCAACUCGCCGGAAGAUUGAUUCGUCCGGGAAUCGAAUCUACCGAUGCGAUACCUGUUUCAAGGUUUUCUCUUCUCACCAAGCGCUCGGAGGGCACGUGGCCAGCCACAACAAGAACAAGAUCGUCGCCGCUGCCUCGAUCCAUCCCGGUGAACCAGAGAAGGGAGCGGCGAUCCCAGAGCACAAGUGCAAGCUAUGCGGUAUGAUCUUCUCGAGCGGGCAGGCCCUCGGCGGCCACCAGAGGCGGCACUUCAAAGAACUGUGCCACCGUCGAGCGGCGUCGCCGUCGGCUCUGUCCAGCGGAGGAGACGAGAUCGCGAGAAAUCAAGCUUCUGCUUCGAGCCCGGAGACUGAGGAGGCGGGACCGGCGAAGCGCCGUGACUUCGACCUCAACAUGGAGCCGUUCCUCGAAUGACGAAGAAUAUUCCUUUUCAUUCUUUUGCGACGUUUCUUCAGAUUUGCAAUAAGCGCCGGUAGUUUUUGAACCCUUA